AUGGCGAUGCUUGCGAACCAGGCGGAUGAUUUCGAAUUCCUCAUUCGACAAACGGAGAAUACUCUCAUGAGUAUGCUCCGCGCGUCGAAGCGAGAGGCGUUCGAACACAGUCAAGAAAAUGCUCAAAAGGCUCUGGAAACGACCAUGCGCGCACAGAGGAAUGCAAGAUUACACUCUCUUUUCAGCGGCUGGUACAGGCAGUACAUGCAGGGAAAAGUCUCGGAGAAAGAACACUACUGGAAACUUCAGGUAUACAGUGAAUAUGAACAAGUUCGUUGUACGUUGUAGAAAGACUUCUGGAACUUGUAGUGAACUUCAUUCAAUCUACUUCAUAGAUCAAAACUGCACAUGCAGUAACCAUGUUGUUGACAAACUUUACCUUCCCAAAACACCAACAUCAGGUAGCUGCUUUGAAAUCCAAGAGUUCUCUCGGGCUUCAGCGUGCCAUGGGAGCAAUAUCAGAAAAAAGUAGUCAAGCCGCUGUGAAGUUCAUUUUUGAAGCUUGGAAAGAAGAGAGGACACGGAGUUUUCAAGACAAAUAUCGCAAGUUACUAUACGAAACGAAGCACAGGGUAUUGAAUUUAUUGAUACUUGUAUUUUACAAUAUAUGAAAUCUGCAGCAUUAGAAUUUCGAAAAUAUAUCACGCGGUAGUUUAUGUCCUUUGUCGUCAAAUUAAUAUCAUCCAAUCCAUCAACAUGCUAGGGCGCGGCGCAGAUGAAGCGGAUAUUGACGCAUAUGUGCGGCAACAACAACCUUGUUUUUGCGCGCACAAUAUUCAUUGCGUGGAAGGAUUUGAUCCAAGCUAUGCUGAAGCAAAGGCGAGAGCAGAGCUGGAAGAGCUCAGUGGCAGAAUUGCAGCACAGGAGUCGCAAUGCCAUGCUUCAGCGCACGCUUGCAAUGUUUGACCUGCAGGACGACGCACUCGUGAAGAAUUUUUUUAUGGCUUGGAAAGACAACUGGGUCGAGGAGCGACUAGUGCGGCAAAAGGCCUCGUGGCUGCAAGAUAAUCGCACGUUGCGAGAGCGGUUCGCAGAGAGCAUAAAACAGCGCAUCUACAUGCAGUGUUACACGCAGCACUCGCUCUUGAUGAAACACGUGUACACCUUGUGGAAAGACGUGUCAGUACGGGCAAGGGUCCUCCGCAUGGAAGAAAGCUUGAAGCAUGCGCGAUUCGACAACGAAGGCUUGGGCGUCAAACUCCAAGAGCAGAAACUCAAAGCUAAUGGAGCAGUCAAACGGAGCCUGAUGGCGAUGCUUGGCUCACAGUCGGAACUCAUAAAGCAGACCGUCUUCGGAGCGUGGAUGUCGGUACAAUUGGAAAUUUUCCCCUGUAAAUCAAUCUGAUUCCACAUCAAUAUACAUCAAAGAAAUGAUGCUAUUUCAGUGCUGGGGAGGUUGACCUUCUUCUUGUGUCAUCAAAGAAAUGGCACAGUGGCGUCCUUACUUUUCUUCAGUGCUACUUAUCAUGAGCUUCCAUGUCGCGACUACAAUAUCAGGACUAUAAUGACGGACGGCUUAGAAGACAACGCGAAGUGGCUUUGAAAUUUCAAGAGGGUGAGAAGAAAUGGAAAGGCAGCAUGAGUGCUCUUCUAAAGAACCACGAUGAGUUGAUACUCAAACAUAUCUUCGAAACAUGGCGAAGAAUAGCGGCGGAAAGUCACUGCCAACGUAAUGUAUCACUUCUUGGUUUUGACUUUUGAUUUUCGAGAAUUAAGUAGGCAGCAAGAGCAACUAGAUAUUUCGCUUUUCGUGUGGUUGCCAAGUAGAAUCUUCGAGGACUACUUCCUUAAGGCAUGCAGGAAGCUGAAACAAGACACCUAUCAGCACGAAUACAACUAAGUAGAUUUUUAGUACAAACAUAUCUGCAGGUGCGCGUGAGCAUGCGGCGCAACAGAAAAUACGAGAGUCAAAGCGCUUUCAGCAAGCCUUGAUAUCUAUGCUCGACUCACAACAGCACCUUUUCUUCCAGCAAGUUUUUAACCUCUGGAAAGAGCUCGGCCAGGACAGAUUAGCGCGGAGAAAAGAGCAGGAAGCCUACGAAAAGUCAAAACAUGACUACAAAAUCGCAAACUCGCAAAGGAUGAACGAGGUAGGCACUGUCGAUAUUCUACUUUGGUAGCCCAUUAUGCUGGCUUGUUUGAAGACCACGAGCUCCUAUCUCAGAUUCAGAGACGGUCUCUCUCCAUACUGUCCUGCACACCACAGGUUGUCACGCGCAUGAUCGGCAACCGAGAAGAGCUCAUGGCUGAGCAUGUUUUCAAAAAUUGGAACAAAUAUGCGCUUUCACAACAAGCCUCAAGGUGGCAGAGAAAAUACAACGACGAAACCUCAAAGCUCAGAGCGAAGAGCCUUACUGCCGUACUAUUUUUAGUUCCUUAUAUUCCUCGUGCUUACUGAGUUGAAAAAACAACAGUCGAUCUUCUCAUUUCACUCAGCUGUGUUGAGCUAGAGAUAGAAACUAUCAGCGACUGUGGGUUGAAAGAAACUUACAUGAUCCAUCCUAAUAAACUCAUACAACAUACCUAAUGGAAGAAAAAAUCGGAAGAAUUCACUUCACCAGGUCAAGAAAGCGAUGUUGAUGAUGUUUGACGGGAAGCUGGAGAUGCUAGUAAGGCAAGUUUUCCGAGGUUGGACGGAAAUGAUGCAAGAGUCGAAGUCAAAGCGGCAAGAAGAGACCGCGAAGAAGCAAAUGAGAAUACAAGCCAGCGAGAAUAUGGUACAAUAGUUGGACUCACGAUGAUGUUAUUGUAGUGUUGGCUUAUCUGCUAAAUUCUACCGAUCAUCAUAGAAUGUUGUUGAUGGAUGAAAAACUAGAACGACUUCUUCAGAACGGCUUUCUUCUAAAAACAGUAGCAGUCCAAAAAAUAUGCAAUGUUCGCUGGCUCUUUCUACUCUACUAUUUAAAAGAGUCAUCAAAACGAAAACGUGAAGCCUUUGCUUUCAAAACAGAAACGGACAAUGCUCAGCUUCCUGCAAGCAAAUGAGCAAGUACUGCAGCAGACAACCUUCGCGGCUUGGAAAGACAGGUAUGUCGCCAAGCAGCUUGGCAAGAUGGAGAAUGUCAAGCGUGCCUUCAAAGACGUUAGGGAAAAGGCGCUUCUCAAUGGCGCCAGAGCAUGUGAGGUAGUUGCGCUUAUUCGUUUCAUCCUGUUUUCGGAACACAAGGAUCAAGUUGUGAACAAAAUAUCGAAAGAAGACUACUCAUGAUGGUGCUCGAGAAAGAUUUGCUCAUGCUCUCUGCUAGUUCCCUCUGCGAGACGGAACGGAUGAAGCCACCCCGCCACUUUACAACUGCCAGGUAACAGUCUAUUGGGAGAACAACUACAUUGCGAAGAGUUAUUUUACAGCGUGGAAGGACCAAUGCGUAUCCAGCUGCUGGCGUAACUCGCUAGCAAAAUGGCGUGACACCUUUACUGCGCUAGAGCAUAAAGUGAAACAAGAGGCAACCGCGAAGCCUACAACAGUAGAGCAAAAGCUGUCCUGUGCCGAAUUUGAGCUGAAAGGGCUCUUCGACGCGUUGCUGAAAACACAUGGGCUCACACACCGGGACUUCAGCUCAAAGGACGAGAUGAAGGAAUGGGUGGACUCACAGGUAUUCUUUCACCUAAGCAAUUGUUCAAGAGAUGGCCAGGCACCGAAUCUCUUUUCUGAGUUUGAGCUUGUGUGCCUUCGUUCUACGUGGUGUGCACAAAAAGCAAUAGAUUUAGAUGAAUGGAAAUUUCUCGUAGUUGUAGUGAUGCUUGUUGCGUAUACCCUGACCGUCAGCGAAUCGCACUUUUGAUCAACCAGGUCGGCUUCAAAUCGCAGUUGAUAGUGCAACCAGGGAAAAGGGAUAAGGAGAAUAAUCCGUACUUUGGUAUGGCCACCGACCAUUUCAAGGAAGUGCUCGGCACAUCUCCGAAUUUUUCGACUCGAACACGAAAGGGCCAUGUGCUAUGCUAAAAUGGGUGGAUUACAGGACGAUGCUGAGGGCGAUUGGAGUGCUCCUUUUUCCUUAGUAGACUAAAGAGCACGCAAAACCUUUUCAGAGCAGCAUUCAUCAAUGCUGCUCUCUCCCGGAGCCGUGUUGCAAGUAGAAAAGAUAUAAUCACCGAUGUCUGGAAUUUUGAUCGAACUACGCAUGUUCUUGUUCAUGUUGUUCGUUUGUUCGCCGAUCAAUUACUACAUCUGCCUUAUCCACUUUUUCCUCACUCCGACGACAAACAGCCACUGCUUAUGCUGUAUUGCCUUUCCGCUCGAUAAACAAUGUGCAUGUGCUUGCUUUUCAGCGUCACUGCUUCCACAAGACUAUAGUAUAAUGACACUUGUCCAACUCCGUGCCGCAGCCUCGCUCACUUUGUACGAACUGUAACUCCACCGCCCUGCCUAGUAUGCAGUAUGUAUCAUCCUCUGACCCUACGCCUUGAUGCCUUCAAAUCACGACCGUAUCCCUUGCUUAUAAUUGUUUGAUUCUGCAUCUUCUUGGGGAGAUUAUCCUCGUCGCCACGGACUCAUUUGCUAAGCCACAGUCACGAACUGCAUGUCGUAGCUCCAUCAAUUUCUCGAUCUUCUGAACUACUGGAACCAUCGAACUAGCGACUAACGCGCAUUUACCACAUUCAAUUGCAUAUCCUAUUGUCUUUAGAAUGAACAGCUCUACAUUAUCAAAGAAUCAGCAGUAUGAUCUCUUGUUUGUUUUUAUAUUGAAUGAAUCAAUAAUAUGGCGACAAUGGCCAUAAAAAAUUGUGUUGCAAGUAGCAUUACUUCGGUCGCUUUUCAAUCGUUCCUUCGUGGAAUAAUUUUUCUGCUUCUGCUAUUAUCUUAUUUAUUCGGUAACUGCGCAGUUUCCAUUAUAAUAUGGAAUCGCUGAUGUCCUAUUCUGCGAGCUCCAUGCAGAGUUAUUAUGUCACGUUGUCUACUUCCACACGCACACAAGAAACAAGAACUAAUGUCAGAGGAAUGCUCCCGCAGGGUAGCCCUGACGUCAACAUUCGCUUUCCAUUCUAUGUCCAUGAAACAUCCAUAAGCCGAUGAUCUAGUAUCUAAACGGGCUGAGGCCACGCUAAAGUGUAAGAGAU